AUGUUGCUCUUCCUUCAGGUCGACUGUACAGCAAACUCAAACACCUGUAAUAAGUACGGCGUCAGUGGAUAUCCCACCUUAAAGAUUUUCCGAGAUGGAGAAGAGGCCGGUACCUACGAUGGGCCCAGGACAGCAGAUGGGAUCGUCAGUCAUCUCAAGAAACAGGCGGGACCUGCUUCGGUGGCUCUCAGUUCUGUGGCUGAUUUUGAGAAAUUCAUCGGCGAUAAAGACGCUUCCGUGGUGGGCUUCUUCGGAGACCCCUCUGGUGAUGCUUACUCAGAGUUCAUGAAGGCCGCCAACAACCUAAGAGAUAACUACCGCUUCGCGCACACCAGCGAGGACCAGUUGGUGCAGAAGUACGAGGAGGAUGGAGAGGGCGUAGUCUUAUUCCGUCCUUCGCGCCUGGCAAACAAGUUUGAGGACAGCUCCGUCAAGUACACAGAAGACAAAAUCACCAGUGGAAAGAUCAAGAAAUUUAUCCAGGAGAACAUUUUUGGCAUCUGCCCACACAUGACUGAGGACAACAAGGACUUGAUCCAGGGGAAGGACUUGUUGGUGGCGUAUUACGAUGUGGACUACGAGAAGAACGCGAAGGGAUCCAACUACUGGCGCAACAGAGUUAUGAUGAUUGCCAAGAAGUUCUUAGAUGCUGGCCACAAGCUGUCUUUUGCUGUCGCGAGUCGGAAAACCUUCAGCCAUGAGCUCUCAGAGUUUGGUCUGGACAGCAGCACGGGUGAGGCUCCGGUUGUUGCCAUCAGGACUGCUAAAGGAGAUAAAUACGUCAUGCAGGAAGAGUUCUCCCGCGAUGGAAAGGCUCUGGAGAGAUUCCUGCAAGAUUACUUCGAUGGCAACCUGAAAAAGUACCUGAAAUCAGAGCCUGUCCCUGAGAGCAACGAUGGCCCCGUCAAGGUGGUGGUUGCGGAGAACUUUGAUGAAAUCGUUAACGCAGAAGACAAGGAUGUCCUGAUCGAGUUCUACGCACCCUGGUGUGGCCACUGCAAGAACCUGGAGCCCAAAUACAAAGAGCUGGGGGAGAAGCUCAGUAAAGACCCCAAUAUCGUCAUUGCCAAAAUGGAUGCCACAGCCAAUGAUGUGCCUUCUCCGUAUGAAGUCAGAGGCUUCCCCACCAUCUAUUUUGCUCCAGCUGGCAAGAAGCAGAGUCCAAAGAAGUACGAGGGUGGCCGGGAAGUGAACGACUUCAUCAGCUACUUGAAGCGGGAGGCGACCACCGCUCCCGUGCUGCAGGAGGAAGAUAAAACCAAGAAAUCCAAGAAGAAGCCGAAGGAGGAUUUGUAAAGCGCCUGCUCGCCGUCCCGUCGGGAUGAGCUCUGUGUGAAUUGGGGAAGCACUGGGCAGCCUGGGGCCAGGUCUGGGUGGUGGAGAGCCAGCGUCCGUGCGGGCUGAGGGGACCCAGCUGCUGUAUCUCGUUGUGUUUCAUUUCCUGCCCUCUUAGCUGCACUGUUGUGGGGCUCCCCAGAAUGGUUUGUUUUGUGGUUUGGGAGGGGGUGGUGGGUAGGGUUAUUUUCUAAUUUUUUUUGUACAUUUGGAGAAGUGAAACAAUAAAAUGACCCCAUUAAGACCAAA